AUGGUCGAACACAAAUCGCUUGUUGCAGCAAUCGAGAACGCUACGGACAAGAACCAAUUAACAGAGGAUUGGGCACGUAUUGCUACGGUGUGCGAAAUUGUCAGCAAAAACCCGUCUGAAAAUGGGCGGCAAGCCGUGGACAUUCUCAUCAACCAGCUGGUUGAUUCCCCUAAUGGCAACGUCCAACGCUACACCCUCACACUUUUGAACGCAAUUAUACAAGAUUCGGGGCUAAGCAUCAUGUACCAUCGCCCGGAGUUUACGUGGGGUGAGCUCCGAAAGCUCGGCGUCUCGCCACGCACCCAUGCGACGGUUCGGGAACGCCUCCUGGACAUUCUAGAAGAUUGGAAGCGUUUAGACACAGACACUUCAUUUAAAGAAGGCCCCGAUUACACGCUGAAGGCGAUUCUGCAAGCUCAUCCUGGAUUGCGGGCGCAAAAGACCAGCUCAAGUAUGAAAUCAACUCAGUCAGCUCCGGCGGCCGACGAGGAGGACGAAGAUCUCAAGCGGGCCCUUGCUCUGUCGCUUGAAGAAUCACAAAGACAUACUAGCAUGGCCCAAAACGCUUCCCAAAGCCAAGGAGUUCAGCGAAUCAGUCACGUAAAGGCGCUGUACGAUUUAAACGCAACCGGGCCCGGCGAGCUGUCAUUCCGGUCCGGCGAUAUUAUUGAAGUUUUGGACGAUAAAAUGCACAAGGACUGGUGGAAAGGUCGUCUCCAUAACAGCGAGGGCAUUUUCCCCACAAACUACGUAGAGCCUUGCUCUGCUCCAGCACCCGUCGCACCGGUCCAAAUCGCUGAUGAAGAUUACAUUUUUGCCCAGUCUCGUAACGUUGAAAAGUUAUUGAGCAUUUUUGCAACCGCCAGCCGGUACCCUGACAUGAACGUGAUCAACAACCCUGAUGUACAAAGGAUGUAUAAUGAGCUUAUGGCCAUGCACCCUCGUAUCACUCAGUUGAUUGCCGAGUACCAGGCCAAGAAGGCGGAUUUGAUGAUUGUGAAUGACCAAAUUAGUGCUGUGCGACAAAAGUAUCAGGAGAUGGCUGAACAAGGGGAGCAAGCAGCAAUUGCGGACCACGCCGAGACCCAGCGUCAGGCGGAGGCCCAGCGGUUAGCUGAGAUGCAAAAGCAGUACGAGGAACGACAAAACGAGGCAGCACGAAUCCAUCAGCAGCUGGAAGCCGAGUACAGGGCUAGACAGCAGGCCCCUGAAACCCUCAGUUUGCCAUACAAUGUCAAUGGACACAUGACGCACCCCCUGGCUGCCCAGUUCCCUCCCGGGCAGCCGCAAUAUGGUUACCAGUCUCCUCCCAUUGCCGCCCAAGCUUCACCGAGUAUCCAGCAACGUCUGCCCGGCUACCCCCAAGUACCCAGCGCUCCACCUCAGGCACCGUACGCUACUCCCACCGUCCCCGCGGUGUUGAGCCCCAUGCCGCCGGUUCCAUCUGCCCCCCCUGCAUCCUCUCCUCUUCCUUCUGUACCACCAGUCCCAUCUGUACCACCAGCACAAUCUGCCUACCCAUAUCAGAGCUAUCAAGCUUAUCCUCAAUAA